AUGGCGGACUACGGGGAGGUGUACGAGGAUGAAUACUACGAGGAUGAGGAGGAAGGCAUCACUUCAGAGGACUGCUGGACCGUUAUUUCAUCAUACUUCGACACCAAGGGUCUAGUGUCCCAGCAGUUGGACUCUUUCGAUGAAUUUAUUUCGUCGACGAUGCAAGAACUCGUGGAGGAGCAGGGCCAGGUUACCAUCGACCAGACAAUCACGCCGAACGAAGAUGAGAUCGAUCCAGUCGUUAUCCGCCGGUAUGAGAUCAAAUACGGUACGAUUAUGCUUGCCCGACCUUCUUUCUCCGAGAUCAACGGUGCAGCAACUCUUCUCCUGCCCAUGGAAGCGCGCCAUCGAAACCUCACCUACGCCUCCCCUCUUUACCUCAAUGUUCAGCGACGAUUGACCGAGGGUCGCGAACGUAAAGUUUCAGACCGUGAUGGCGAAGGACUCGGCGAUGAGAAUGAGGAUCAGAAGCCCGGGGGAACGUAUCUGGACUGGGAGGAAAAACCUUUGGUCAUUUCAGAAGAAGAAGCGAAAGGCUGCUACAUCGGCAGAAUACCUAUUAUGCUCAAGUCAAAAUACUGUUUGCUGAAAGAUUUGAGCGAGCAGAGUCUAUACAACUGGAAUGAGUGUCCGUACGAUUCUGGUGGCUACUUCAUUAUUAACGGAAGUGAGAAAGUUCUGAUCGCCCAAGAGCGGAGUGCUGGGAAUAUCGUUCAGGUUUUUCAGAAGGCUCCCCCCAGCCCAACACCUUAUGUGGCCGAAAUUCGAAGUGCGGUUGAGAAGGGUUCCCGCAUUCUGUCUCAACUUUCGCUCAAGCUUUUUGCUAAAGGCGAUAGCAGCAAAGGUGGCUUUGGUCCAACAAUCAGGUCAUCGCUGCCAUACAUCAAGACAGAUAUCCCUAUUGUCAUCGUGUUUCGAGCUCUUGGCGUCGUCUCUGACGAAGAUAUUCUUAAUCACAUUUGCUACGAUCGCAAUGACACACCUAUGCUUGAGAUGCUGAAGCCUUGCAUCGAAGAGGGUUUUGUUAUCCAAGACCGUGAAGUCGCGCUUGACUUCAUUAGUAAGCGUGGUUCUUCUCAAACGAGCAUGAGCCAUGAUAGACGUGUGCGCUACGCGCGAGAGAUCAUGCAGAAGGAGUUCCUUCCUCACAUUUCUCAAAGUGAGGGAAGUGAAACUCGGAAGGCUUUCUUUUUGGGUUACAUGGUUCAUAAAUUGCUACAAUGUGCUUUGGGUCGUCGGGAUGUUGAUGAUCGAGAUCACUUUGGUAAGAAGCGUCUAGACUUGGCUGGUCCACUGCUUGCUACGCUUUUCCGCACACUUUUCACCCGUGUCACGAGGGAUCUCACUCGUUACGUCCAGAGAUGCGUCGAAACCAAUCGUGAAGUCGUUCUUAACGUUGGUUUGAAGCCUGCCACCUUGACAGGAGGUUUGAAAUAUGCUCUUGCUACAGGAAACUGGGGUGAACAAAAGAAAGCCAUGAGCUCCAAAGCAGGUGUUUCUCAGGUUUUAAGUCGGUAUACCUAUGCUUCAACCCUGUCUCACUUGAGACGUACAAAUACUCCGAUUGGUCGAGAUGGAAAAAUCGCUAAACCUCGUCAACUACAUAAUACUCACUGGGGUUUGGUGUGUCCCGCUGAGACACCUGAAGGACAGGCUUGUGGUUUAGUCAAGAACUUGUCCUUGAUGUGUUCUAUCACCGUUGGAUCACCUAGUGAACCUAUUGUUGACUUUAUGAUUCAACGAAACAUGGAAGUAUUGGAAGAAUUUGAGCCAUUAGUCACGCCUCAUGCCACCAAAGUCUUCGUUAACGGUGUAUGGGUUGGCAUUCACCGUGACCCCGUCCAUUUGGUCAGCACUGUUCAAUCUCUUCGCCGACGCAACAUGAUUUCCCACGAAGUCAGCUUGGUUCGUGACAUUCGUGACCGAGAAUUUAAAAUUUUCACUGAUGCAGGCCGUGUUUGCCGGCCGCUUUUCGUCAUUGAUAAUGAUCCCCGAAGUGAGAGAUGUGGCUCUCUAGUGCUCAACAAAGACCAUAUUCAUAGACUCGAGGCGGAUCGAGAGCUCCCGCCAGAUCUCGAUCCGGAAGAGCGUAGAGAACAGUAUUAUGGUUGGGAUGGGCUUGUCAAGUCGGGUGUUAUUGAAUAUGUUGAUGCAGAGGAAGAAGAAACCAUCAUGAUCGCCAUGUCGCCUGAGGAUCUUGAAAUUUCCAAGCAAUUGCAGGCCGGUUAUGCUAUGCCAGAGGAUAGCGAUGAUCCGAACAAACGUGUUCGUUCUAUAUUGAGUCAGAAGGCCCAUAUCUGGACUCAUUGCGAAAUUCAUCCCAGUAUGAUCUUGGGUAUUUGCGCCAGUAUCAUUCCGUUCCCCGACCACAAUCAAUCUCCUCGUAACACUUACCAGUCGGCUAUGGGUAAACAAGCUAUGGGUGUGUUCUUGACCAACUUCGAUCAGCGCAUGGAGACCAUGGCCAACAUCCUCUAUUAUCCUCAGAAGCCUUUGGCGACCACGCGUUCUAUGGAGUUCCUCAAAUUCCGAGAAUUACCUGCUGGACAGAAUGCAAUUGUUGCUAUUGCCUGCUACUCAGGAUAUAACCAGGAAGAUUCAGUUAUUAUGAAUCAAAGCAGUAUCGACCGUGGUCUCUUCCGCAGUCUGUUUUACCGUACUUAUACGGAAGCCGAGAGGAAACUUGGUCUCCAAACUAUCGAAAAGUUUGAGAAGCCAAUGCGUUCCGACACAAUUGGCAUGAGGAAAGGAACUUAUGACAAGCUUGAGGAUGACGGUCUUGUGGCACCUGGUGUUCGUGUCACGGGUGAGGAUAUUAUCAUCGGCAAGACAGCUCCUUUGGCUCCAGAAUCUGAAGAAUUGGGUCAACGUACCAAGGCACAUACGAAGAUUGAUGUUUCUACUCCGCUACGAGCUACCGAAUCUGGUAUUGUUGAUCAGGUGCUCUUGACGACGGGCAAUGAUCCUGAUCUCAGACUGGUCAAGGUCCGUAUGCGAACAACAAAGAUCCCGCAGAUUGGUGACAAAUUUGCGUCACGUCACGGUCAAAAGGGUACGAUUGGUAUCGUGUAUCGUCACGAAGAUAUGCCGUUCACUCGAGAAGGUGUCGUGCCAGAUCUGAUUAUCAAUCCCCAUGCCAUUCCAUCUCGUAUGACGAUUGCUCACUUGAUUGAGUGUCAGCUCAGCAAAGUCUCGUCCCUUCGUGGAUUUGAAGGUGAUGCCACUCCGUUCACUGAUGUCACGGUAGACUCUGUUUCUCGUCUGUUACGAGAGCAUGGGUACCAGUCACGUGGUUUCGAGGUGAUGUACAACGGCCACACUGGCAAGAAGCUCAAGGCCCAAGUGUUUUUGGGACCUACAUACUACCAACGUCUUCGACACAUGGUGGAUGAUAAGAUUCACGCUCGUGCACGUGGUCCUACCCAGAUUUUGACCAGGCAACCUGUAGAAGGUCGUGCCCGCGAUGGUGGUCUACGUUUCGGAGAGAUGGAACGCGAUUGUAUGAUUGCGCACGGUGCAAGUUCAUUCUUGAAGGAACGUCUUUUCGAUGUGUCUGAUCCAUUCCGUGUUCAUAUUUGCGAUGACUGCGGCUUGAUGACUCCGAUUGCAAAACUCAAGAAAGGACUUUUUGAGUGCCGAUUGUGCAACAAUAAGCACCGCAUUUCUCAAGUCCACAUCCCGUAUGCAGCUAAAUUGCUCUUCCAGGAACUCGCCGCUAUGAACAUCGCAGCACGCAUGUUUACCAAUCGGUCCGGUGUGUCUGUGCGGUAA